UAAAGAUUGUAUUUCCUAUCGUUCCACGGAAAGCAACCAGCCCCAGGUGCAAUGAAUAUUUCCUACGCUUUUGAAAGGAUGAAAGACAAAACGUUCGAAGAUUUGAUUCCACUACUAAAUGCAUUUCUAAGUCCAAAUGAGUAUGACACCAAGACGAAAUUUUGCUUUACUUUUUUCUCUUUCAGUUUGACUUUCAUUUUUCUUGCCCUGGGAACCCCAGACAGCCCCCAGCUACUUUUGAGAUUUUCAUGCUUUUUUUCAAUCAGGCACCAGUACAUGAACAAGAACAUUUUUUUUUCCAUCAACAGUACACUACGCAUAAGUAAGCAGAAGUAUCUUUAUUCAUUCACCGUAUACAUUCUAUAAGCACUCGCAUUCCUUUUUAAUUUCAAAUUACACAUGACUAAUUCAGCACAUGCACGAAAAAGACUAGCACUUAUCCGUCAACAAGGCCACAACGAAACCAAAAGUAAACCGCUUGUAUCAUAUUUCCGAGGAAUGAUUCAAAAUCAAGUUGUUCGAAUUCUGUAUC